CUACUAUGUUUAAUUCUAGUUUUGGCGGACUGUAACAGCAAACCCUGCAAGGAAAAAUGGCAGGAGUUGGGAGGAUAGAGAGAGUGGAAGUGGAGAAUUUCAAGUCGUACGCAGGGCAUCAGGUGAUAGGGCCGUUGAAGAGGUUUACGGCCAUAAUUGGCCCUAAUGGCGCAGGCAAGUCGAACCUGAUGGACGCCAUCAGCUUCGUGCUGGGCGUGCGCUCAACCAACCUCAGGGGAGCUCACCUGAGGGACCUUAUCUAUGCCUUGGAUGACAAAGAAAAGGAAAAUCCUAAAGGCCGAAAGGCCUCUGUCAAGCUCGUCUAUUUCACGCCCUCCGGCGAGGAGCUUCAUUUCAUGCGCUCUGUAUCCGGCACUGGCGCUAGCGACUACCGAAUUAAUAAUAAGCUCGUCACAUGGGACGACUACAAUAACAAGAUGAAGUCUCUUGGCAUUCUCCUUAGAGCUCGCAAUUUUCUUGUAUUUCAGGGAGAUGUUGAAUCUAUUGCUUCAAAGAAUCCUAAAGAGCUUACUGCACUGUUUGAAAACAUAUCUGGCUCAGAAGAAUUUAAGAAAGACUAUGAAGAUCUGGAAGAGCAGAAGGGGAGAGCCGAGGAGAAGUCAGCUUUUAUGUAUCAGAAAAAGAGAACUAUAGUUGCCGAAAGGAAGCAAAAGAAAGAACAGAAGGAAGAGGCUGAGAAACAUCUACGCUUGCAAGAGCAAUUGAAAUCUUUGAAACAAGAGCAUUUUCUAUGGCAAAUUUUUAACAUUGAGAAGGAUACUGAGAGAAAUGGAAAAGAGCUUGAAGUGGAAAAAGAAAAUCUUGAAGAUGUGUCCAAGUCACAAGAGAAAUUUGAAUCUGAAAUCAAGGAGAAAAAGAAAGAACAGGCUGCAUAUCUUAAGGAGGCCUUGCUUUGUGAAAAGAAGAUAGCAAAGAGAAAGGUUGAACUCGAUAAGAAGCAACCAGAGCUUCUCAAAUUAAAAGAAGAAAUUUCUCGCAUCUCACAAAAAAUUAAAAGCAGUGGGAAAGAGCUGGAUAAAAAGAAAGAAGAUCAGAGAAAACAAGGAAAAGAGAUAGAAAAGCUUCGGAGGGACUUAGAAGAUUUUAAUGCAUCUUUGAAUGAAUUGAAUGAGCAUGGCCAGGAAGAAGGGGGAAAACUGCAAUUAGCUGAUAGCCAGGUCAAGGAGUACCAUAAAAUAAAGGAAGAAGCUGGGUUGAAAACUGCGAAGUUGAGGAAUGAGAGGGAAGUUUAUGAUAGACAGCAGCAAGCUGACAUUGAAGCUCAGAAGAAUUUGGAAGAGAAUCUGCAACAACUGAUUAACAGGGAGCAACAGCUAGAAACACAGGAGGAGCAAAUGCAAGCUCGUUUGAAACGGCUUCUUGAUGCAUUAGGAAAGAAUUCAGAUGAGCUAUGGAAAGUUCAAAGUGAACUGAAGCAAAUGCAAGACAAGCAUCGUAAAUCAAGGACAAAGUAUGACAACUUGAAGGCAAAGGUAGAUGAAAUAGAAGUUCAAUUGCGUGAAUUGAAGGCUGACAAACGUGAAAGUGAAAGGGAUGCCAAGCUAUCAGAGGCUGUUGAAAGCUUGAAGCGUCUCUUUCCUGGUGUGCAUGGUCGCAUGACAGACCUCUGUAGGCCUACUCAGAAAAAGUAUAAUCUUGCAAUUACUGUUGCAAUGGGAAAGUUCAUGGAUGCAGUGGUAGUCGAUGAUGAAAGUACUGGGAAAGAAUGUAUCAAGUAUUUGAAGGAGCAAAGGCUUCCUCCUCAGACAUUUAUACCAAUUCAAGCAGUGCGUGUGAAACCAAUACAUGAGAAGUUACGCACAUUGGGAGGGAGUGCGAAACUCGUCUUUGACGUUAUUCAAUUUGAUCCUGCCUUGGAGAGAGCAAUUCUGUAUGCAGUAGGAAAUACACUAGUCUGUGAUGGCCUUGAUGAAGCUAAAUCUCUUGGCUGGGGCAAUGAGCGCUAUAGAGUGGUUACUGUUGAUGGGAUUCUCCUUACAAAAUCUGGUACCAUGACGGGUGGGAUUACUGGUGGCAUGGAAGCAAGAUCACAGAAAUGGGAUGAUCGAGCAAUUGAAGCUCUUAAAAAAAACAAAGAGCGUUUUGAAUCAGAGAUGGUAGAGCUAGGAUCUGCAAGAGAAAUGCAGAUCAAAGAGUCAGAAGCAUCUGGAAAAAUCAGUGGACUUGAACGAAAGAUUCAGUAUGCUGAAAUGGAAAAGAAAACUAUCGAAGAUAAGAUAGUAAAACUGCAGCAGGAGAGGGAGAAUAUCAGAGCUGAGACGGACCGGGUGAAGCCAGAGCUUGAAAAGUUGAAAGAACUUAUUUCAAGCAGAAGCAAAAACAUUCUGAAGAUUGAGAACAGAAUCAAUGAGAUAGUGGACAGAAUCUAUAAAGAUUUCAGUCAGUCGGUGGGCGUGGCAAAUAUUCGUGAGUACGAGGAAACCCAAUUAAGGGAAGCACAAGAAAUUUCUGAACGGCAGCUUCAGCUGCGCAGUCAGAUGGCAAAACUGAAGUAUCAGCUGGAGUAUGAGCAGAGGCGGGACACUGGAGCUCCAAUUCAAAAAUUGACCUCCUUGCUGAGUAAAUUGCAAGAGGAGCUUAAAAGGGUGCAAAAUCAAGAGGCUGAAGCAAAAUCAUCAAUGAAUGAAAGUGGACAGCAGCUAGAUGAAAUGAAAAAAGAUGCUGAGGAGCUGAAAGUGAAGGCAGAUGAGUGUGAAAGUGUUAUACAGGAACUGAAAAAGCAAGCUAAUAAUGUUACAGCAAACAUUGCAAAACUGAAGCGCCAGAUUACUGCAAAGGAGACACAAAUUGAACAGCUAAAAUCUCGAAAGCAGGAGAUACUCGAGAACUGUGAAUUGGAACAGAUAAAACUUCCUACCUUAUCUGACCCAAUGGAAAUUGAUUCGUCAGGUCCCAACUUCCCAGUGACAAAUUUUGAUUACUCAAAACUUAGCCGAUCUCAUCAACAGGAUCUGAGAUCAGCUGAUAGAGAUAAACUUGAGGCAGAAUUUAAAAGCAAAAUGGACUCUGUUAUGUUGGAAAUUGAGAGAACAGCACCCAAUUUGAAAGCAUUGGAUCAAUAUGAGGCUUUGAGGGAGAAGGAAAGAGAAGUCAUUGAAGAAUUUGAAACGGCUAGGAGAGAAGAGAAGGAAAUAACUGAUAAAUAUAAUUCAGUUAAACAAAAGAGGUAUGAAAAAUUCAUGGAUGCAUUCAGCCACAUAUCUACUAAUAUUGAUAAAAUCUACAAACAGCUGACACAAAGUAAUACACACCCUUUUGGUGGAACGGCAUAUUUGAGCCUGGAGAAUGAAGAUGACCCAUUUUUGUAUGGUAUUAAAUAUACGGCUAUGCCCCCAACAAAACGCUUCAGGGAAAUGGAACAAUUAUCUGGAGGAGAAAAAACUGUAGCUGCUCUUGCUUUGCUAUUUGCUAUCCACAGUUUCAGGCCCUCCCCAUUUUUCGUUCUGGAUGAAGUAGAUGCAGCAUUGGACAACUUGAAUGUUGCAAAAGUUGCAGCAUUUAUCAGAUCAAAAUCCUGUGAAAACCACAGGGAUCAAGACAAAAACAGUGUUGGUUUUCAAAGUGUUGUCAUUUCUCUAAAAGAUACCUUCUAUGACAAGGCUGAUGCAUUGAUUGGAGUCUAUAGGGACUCUGAAAAAUGCUGCUCGAGAACUCUAACAUUUGACCUAACCAAAUAUGAUGAGAUAUAAUCUAAAAUACAUGAUAGUAUUUGGCCAUUGGAACUUCAAAGAAUACAAUUUUGUAUUCGUCUGGAUUGGUAACAUCUCAUAGGAUUUAGACUCUUUAAUGUGUUGUAUUUUUCACGAGUGAAAAUGUAGUUUAGACCUAGGAGUGAAAUGUGCUUACCAAAAACCAAAUAGAAAAUAAGCUAUAAUGACGCUAAUAUUGUAUCAGACUAUAAUCUGUAGGUCUAUUGAUCUGCUUUAUGUUUAAAAGACAUUUGUUGUUUCUGGAGUUGCUGUAUAGCUAAAUGACACCAUUGAAUUGUGCGUUGACAAACA